AUGGUCUUGCUCCAUCGCCAUUGGGCUCACGCUAGAGGCGUUGGAAGGGACGUUUCUCAGCCUCGUGUGGCGCAUAAGAGGUUGGGGAGGUCCACUGUAGCUGGAGCAUGUGCCGAAGUCCCCGCUCGGCAGUUUUACACGUACAAAGUGGCUUCAAGCACGUGUGGCGGUGCUUCAGCCUCACUCAGGCUUGAACUGACCUCCAGGUGGGUCACCUACCUCUGUGUCAACCACACACGCUCAAUUGGCCGCCAAAUUUCCAAUACCGAACACACUACAUCGCCUAUCGCACGAAUCAACGCCAUCAUGUCGGAUUCCGAAGAAUUGAACGAGCUUCCCGAGGAUGAGGAGGAGGACCUCUUCGGCGACGAGCCAGCAGACGAUCUUCAGGAAGACAGAAGUCGCGCCGGUAGCGUACGCGAAGACGCAUCCGACCGUGAUGAGGGUGAUGGCUACGGUAGAGAUGACGAGGCCCCUUUGCCGACCGAUUAUGAGACAAAGGUCAUCGAGGCCGUUGAAAUGCAACGUCAUCGCACUCCCAAGUCGAAAGACCAGAGAUUACGGUCUCUACGCGUCCCCAAGUUCAUGAAGAUCAUUCCCACGAUCUACGAUCCCGAGACUUUCGAGCCUACCGAGCACGAUAUUGAAAACGCGAAAGCCGACGUACCCAAGGCCGACAUCCGCGUUCGACGACAAGGAAACAAGCUGCAGAGCAACACCAUGAUUCACAGAUGGAGCGACGGUUCUGUGACUAUGACGGUCGGAGACGAACAUUUUGAAGUCUCUACCAAGGCACUAGCCCCCGGACCUAACGAACCAUACUCUGAGCUUCAGGAUGGACACUACUAUGCUGCUGCGGCGGAGUUGACCAGCAACUUCCUCAUGUUUGUUGGGCAUGUCACCGAUCAAUACAUUGUACGGCCCGGAAAGGAAGUGGCGGACGAUGCGCUCGCUGCACUCGCCGAGCGCAUGGCGUCGAUAUCGCAAAAGCCUCAGGAGAAGGACAUGAUCAUCAACACCAUUCAGGAUCCCGAGCUGCGCAAGAGGCAAGCGGAGCAGGCUGAGAAAGAGCGCAUGAAGAUGCAAAGACGUCGCGAGACUCAGACCGCACGUAUGGAUGCUACCCGCGGCGGAUUCGGUCGCAGUGGAGGCCUCUCCAUUGGCGACCUUGAGGGUGGACGACGUGGCGGUGGUUCGCGCAAGAGAGGCAUGCCUGGCGCGCCGAAGCAAAAAAGAAGACGUCCCGAGUAUGACUCUGACGAUGAUCUGCCUUCUGGCGCCCGCAGAGAAGACGAAUACGACAUGGAGGACGACUUCAUCGUGGCUAGUGAUGACGAGGUCAGCGAGGUUGAACAUGACGAUGACGAUGAGGAGCUCCUUGACGAGGCACCACGAUCCAAGAAGCGUCGGGUUUCGGAUGACGAAGACGCUGAUGGAGAUGAUGAUGACAACAUGGAGCCAAGUGGCAGAGGAAGGCGCCGUCACGUUGUCGACGAUGACGAUUCGGAGCUCGGUGGAGAGGAUCAAAUACAUGAGAGUCGCUUCGUGACAAUUGUCCUCCGAGUGUUGGCUGUACUGAGACUUGCGCGAACAAGUGGCACGACACGUGCAGCGUUUGAGCUAAAUCUUUGUCAUGGCUCUCAGACCGGACCGUUGGUAGCCAAUUUGACUUUGUUGGGAGCUGCGCAAGAUUUUUUUUUUCUCGAAAAUGUGAACAUCUCUCGGUGCUCACCCGAAAUACAAUUACCUCGGGCGGAUGACGUGAAGGGCCGUGGAGCAUGCCCAGCUCCCUUGCACUGCCAAAUUGCAAGCCAUUAUCACAUGUCGAAGCUCUCCGCCAGGGAUGAGGCAUUGGGCUUUAUGUACAGCAGCUCGGGAAGCAGCGGCAGCGCAGUUACACUGGGCAAAUACAGCAACCACUCACUAUCAUCCGGCAGCACCAAAAGGGAAACAUUGCAAAUGGAAGUUGCUGUGGGAAUUCGGCGGCAGAUCCGGACCCUGCCUGCUACCUUGCCCUCCGUGCAGCAGGCCGCAAAACAUAAGAGAGGUAAUGUCCGUAACCCUUUUAUUGCCGUGGGCCGAGCCAAACCACAGACACCUGUGACCUACGUGCCUACCUACCUUACCUAUCCGCACCGAAACCUCACAGCUGUCUGGCUGUCAUCGGCACGGUGGUUCGGUCAACUCAUCGUCCCUCCUCUCCCGCAGCCGCCGGGCCGUUCGAAGACACGAUUCUACCUUACUCUCGCAUCCCUCUCCCUCUCCAUCUUAGCGUCCACCAUCCGCUCGCCCGCUCGUUCGUUCGACCGCACGCGCGCUUCUUCUUCUACCACUUGGUACUACUACGGCCCUUGGAUCUCGAUCAAUCUUGUCAGAAUCUGCGAAAGCUCACCCGCAACACCCAGGCUCGACGUCGCAAACUCACCGUCCUUCUCUCACUCUCUCUUUAUCUCUGUAUAUCUAUCCUUCUGCUUGAUCUACAACCCAUCCUCCCAACCUAGACACGACGCUCGCCUCACGCCACCCGCCCAUAAUGCCAUAAUUGCCAUGAACACCCAAUAUCACUCUCGCCGUCGCGCAACCAUGGGAGUAGUCGUUGCGCUCUGGCAAGUGGCCGUAGAUGUGACGCAAUUCUGGCAACGGAAACUCCGCGAUUGGUACACACGCAAGACCCCCAUCGAACUAUGGCUCGAACUACUUCGCCAUGCCGAAGCCUUCGAAGACUGGGAAGAGGCGGCCCUGCAUCUAGAUAACCUGCUUGGACUGGACUUGUGGAGGAAUAAUCCAACGUCCAAGUACUACGAUUACCGCCUAAUCAACGAGCGCCUCAACUCCCUCAUCACCGCGAGAGAAGAUGGGAACCUGAACCAACUGGUCAACCUCCUUCGUUCCGGCCUGAUUCGCAACUUGGGCAACAUCACUGCCCCGACGCUUUACAACCGGUCCUUCGCUGGCACCAAGUAUCUAAUAGAGGAAUACAUUACGCAGAUUGCUGAAGCGGUCGAGGAUAUCACCCACUUGCCGACGACGCCUGGGUCUGAUCCUUAUGGAGCACCUGUCGGACUGACAAACCAGAUGAAGCUGGAUUUUAUCCAUGAUACAAGGCAGGCUUUCGGUAGGAGUACGCUCGUCCUGCAAGGCGGUGCCAUAUUCGGAGUAUGUCAUCUUGGUGUCGUGAAGGCGUUAUUUCUUCGAGGUCUCCUGCCGCGGAUCAUCACCGGAACCGCGACGGGCGCUCUCAUUGCCGCAUUGGUGGCCAUUCACACCGAAGAGGAGCUCCCCAACGUCCUCAAGGGAGAGGGUAUCGACCUGUCUGCUUUUUCUGGGAAAUCCAAGUCUGAAAAGGGCCCACAAAAGGAGCAGUCCUACGCAACGAGAUGGAAUACUCUUUUGCGGAGGCUAAAGAGAUUCACUCGAGAAGGCUAUUUCCUUGACGUCAAAGUGCUAGAGGACUGCGUGCGAGCCAACGUGGGUGACCUAACUUUCGAGGAAGCGUAUAAUCGGAGCAAGAGGGUGUUGAAUAUCACCGUUGCAACCGCCGAUCAAGGCGGUGUUCCAACGCUGCUCAACUACCUGACAGCACCCAACGUGCUUAUCUGGACUGCCGCGGUCGCCUCGAAUGCUUCCACUGCAACAUUGUAUGGUCACCGGGAAACCACGGUUCUCUGCAAAGAUGCCCAUGGCAACAUCGUACCAUGGGCACCCGCAAACACAAUCGACUUCCACCACUGGACUCACGUAUCUUAUUCGGACCGCGAGUCACCCCUUUUGAGGAUUGCCGAGCUGUUCAACGUAAACCACUUCAUCGUCAGCCAGGCUCGGCCUUACCUUAUUCCGUUCUUGCAGAGCGAUAUGCAUGGCCCAUCCCUCAUGGAGACGCGUAAUAGCACAACGUCCAUUACAGCAUUCCUAGCUCGUAUGGUUGGGCUAGAGCUCAGGCACCGGCUGCGCCAGCUGGACACGUUACGCCUCCUUCCAGCAGGCAUCCGGCGCUUCCUCGUCGACGAACAAGUGCCAGGCGCGUCCAUGACGUUAGUCCCAGAAGUGACCGCUGGCGACUUUGUGCGCCUGCUCGAGACGCCGACUAGAGAAACGCUGGACUAUUGGAUAUCGAGAGGGGAGCGGAGCGUGUGGCCUGCCGUUGCCGCGCUUCGCAUCCGUUGCGCGGUUGAAAACGAGCUAGAUAGGUCCUAUCAAACCGUCCGAAGGUUGAAGGCGGGCGGGCUCAGGAGAAAGGGCUCAACGGCGGCGGCGGCAUCGAUGGACAAUAAUAGCAAGGAACGGAGAGCUAGCAGUCUCGGGGCCGCACAUUGA